AUGGACUUUAUCCGCAAGGCCCUAGUGGGCGGUUGCCGGCUCGAUGGACGCCAAAUUGAUGACCCGCCGCGUAUAACAGUCGAGCCACUUGUAUCUGCAGUCGCUCACGGUAGCUGCCGAGUCACGUUCGACGAUACCGUGGUGGUAACGACGGUCACGUUGUGCAUUUUAUACAUAAACCACCCAAGUAUAUGCGAAUAUAUAUAUAGUUCGGCUUACACGCCUGAUGCAAUGCAGUUCACUGUUACCGCGCCGCUUAAGAAUACUCCGGAUGAGGGCAGCAUCGAAAUCACCGUUGGGUCAUCCUUCACCCUAGAGGACACAGAAGUAUCGCAGAAACGCGAUGAAAGGAUGGCAUAUGUGCUAGAGUUAUUAGAGUUCCAGAGGCAAAGAUUUGACCGGAGACUGCUCUGCAUCCUACCGGGACAGUUCGUUUGGAAUGUAAAACUACACAGCAGUAUAGUUCAAAGAGGCGGCUCCGUUGCAGACGCCAUUAGCGUCGCAAUAAUAGCAGCAUUACGCACGGCGUCAAUACCAAACCUACAUGUUUUAAUGAGAGACGAGUGGGCAGGCACCCGAAGUGGAAGCAAUGUGAAAGUCAGACUCGCUGAGGGGUACAACCUAAACAUACAAAAUCUAGCACUACAGAUACCAGUAUGUGUCACGGUUGCUUGUGUUGCGGAUACUCACGUCUGGGCAGUGACACAAGAGGAAGCGGAAUGUGCUGAUGGUUUCUUGACGGUUGCCGUUGCCCAGGACGGCAGCUGUGUCGGAGUGCGUGCCAUAGGAUCGUGCCUUCCGAUGCCUAUUAUCGCAGGACUUGUCGAAAAAUCGUGCAAAAUAGGACUCUAUCAGCAUCAGCAAAUAGCACGGGCAUUUGAAAUGACAUCAGGGCAUAAAUAA